AUGCUUGAUAAGAUAUUUUACAACACGGUUUUAUGCCAAACAUUUUCUCCGUGUGGUAAAUAUUUAGUAGCCGGUAAUAUUUAUGGACAACUAGCAGUGUUUGAUCUCGAUAACAUAUUUAAUCCUGUGAUAGAACUACUUACUCCAGAUUAUAAUAAACCAAAACACAUUCAUACCUUGGAAUCAGAGAAUCAAGUGUGUAGUUUAGUGAGCACAGAGAAUUUUUUAAUUGUUGGCUCAGUAAAUGAGAUAUUGGGAUGGAAUUGGAAAUCGGUAAUACAUCCUAAAUUAGGCAAACCUGCAUGGACAAUAAGGAUACAGCCUAAGUCUGUGAUUGAGAAAUGCGAUAUUAAUUAUCUGUGGUAUUCGGAAGAAGAGGGAAAACUAUAUGCGGGGUGUGGUGACAAUAAUAUUUACAUAUACAAUUUAGAAGAUGGUAGACUUAUGUCUAAGUUGGAAGGGCAUGAAGAUUAUAUACAUUGCUUACAUGGCAAUGGAAAUCAAUUAAUAUCUGCUGGCGAGGAUGGCAAGGUCCUUCUUUGGGACACGAGAACGAAAAAAAGUCAUAACAAAAUUGAACCCUACAAUAACAGUAAGGUGGCAAGACCAGAUAUUGGAAAAUGGAUGGGAGCCGCUGCUUUGGGAGAUGAUUGGAUUGUAUGUGGAGGUGGUCCGAGAUUAGCUCUUUGGCAUCUACGCUCAUUGGAUGCUGUUACAGUGUUUGAUAUUCCCGAUCAUGGAAUACAUGUGUCCUUUUUCCAUGAUGACUGUGUGUUUGCUGGCGGGGCUGCCAAGCAUUUAUAUCAGCUAAGCUACUCCGGAGAUAUAAGAGUUGAACUGCCAGUGUCAUCUACCACAGUAUACUCCGCAGUUUUGAGAACCAGCCCACAUAAAGUUCUUACAAUAGCUGGUUCCAGCCCUGAAAUUGACUUGUGUACCACAUUCAACUAUAGAGAUCAAGUUUUGCAUUUCAGAUGA